AGCAUAGCUUCGACGGACGUACAUCAGAAAAAAUCGAGGAAACUCUUUAUUUUCUGCCAAAAUAAAAAAAAGAAGUCAAUUAAAUGCUACAGAAAUUGCGACGAGACCAUAAUGGACGUUUUGUUAAAUUUUGGGCCAAAUUGGAAGAGGAAUGAUGAAGAAAUUAUUGAGAAAUUUCAAUGUUAAAUCAUGGUGGUCAAAGACAAGAUGGCGGACGUCUUCUUCUCUAAUCAAGAAAAUGAAACGAAACUGCUUCAAUGGUGUUGGAAGUCAACAAUAUGUUAUAUGUGUUACCCUGUAAGUUAUUAUGUAACUACUCUUAAUGUAUAAAACUAUUAUGUUUGACUUUUUUUACUUUUUACCAACACAUUUAAUAUUUUUAUCCUAUUUUUCUUAAAAAAUGUUACCAAAAAAUUCGUUCAUUGCAUACAUUUCAAUACACAACAUGAUAAUUAUUAUCAAAUGAUACAGUAUAGUGUUCCAUUGCACAUUUUUUCCUAAAUAUAACCCUGUUAGAUAAAAAUUCACCCCCCUCUGAAAUUAUAUUACAGGUCCCCCUCUCCUUUUCUACAAAACACAGCCUUAAUUUAUCUGUAAAAUGUCGCUAUUUUAUUUAAGAUAUCUAAACAUUAAUGAGCUAUUUUUUAAUUCCCGUAGUGAGUCUAUCAAAGCCAAGAUAAACCGUGGCUAAAGAAACUAAAACAGCAGAUGGUGAGUUGGGUUUUUCUCUGGUAAAUUAAUUUACGCGAUAUAUUGCAUCUGACUUUAGAAGUUGAUGGAUGAAAAUUAAACAAUGUGUCAACCACAAAGCAUUGCGCCCCAAACCUGCUUGGCGGCCAUUUUAAUGGCGGAAUAAUAGAUGUUUCGGUUUUCAAUCCAUAAUAUAUUACUACCAUCCUGUGGUUAUACUUGCUAAUUUUAACUUUUUUAUACUAAAAUUGCACCAAAGAAAUGUUUAUUAUCUUCAUUUGUUGCUAUUUCUCACUUCCGAAGGUAAAGAUGUAAACAAAUGCAUUGUGGUUGACAAUUAUCACUUAUUUACUGAGACCGAGGGAAACAGUGUGUUUUGUGGACCCUCGACCGUCGAUGUUUCCCUCGGCUUCGCCUCGGGAAACAUCGACGGUCUCGGGUCCACAAAACACACUGUUUCCCUCGGUCUCAGUAAAUAAGUGAUAAAUGACUCUUAAUUACACGGCGGCUUGAAGAUAUGACUUUUAUCUUCGAGUGAUGAAAACAAUAUUUUACGAACGAGCGCAGCGAGUGAGUAAAAUAUUGUUUUUAACACGAGAAGAUAAAAGUCAUCUUCAAGCCACCGUGUAAUGUUCUGUUUAUUAUAUAGUCCCAAGAAAAAAGUUGUGAAACUUCACGCUCAAAAGAAAUCUUCAUGCUAGUGAAGAUAUGGAAAAUAUCUCACUGUGUAUUUUUCAGUAUCUCACUCUCUACUAUAUAAUAAGGUAUAAUAUCCUAAGGCUGUCAACUAUUUCACACAUUAAUACGGUCGCUUGAAUCAACAAAAGUAUCGCCAAUUUCUGCAGAAAAACUCAGGCACAAAACACCUUGGAUACAGCCCAGUCCCAGGCUCUCUCUCUAUUCGCUGCUUUGAUAUAUUUAAAUAAGUCUUAAAAGUUUUAUGCCUGGGUGUGCUGUGCGGAACGCUUCAGCGAGAGAGCCUAGCAGAUUUCGGUAAAAUGGUCCCUGAUUUCAAAAAGUGGUCCCUGGCCUGGUUACCAAGCAUACCGCAUUUGUAAAUAGAAAAUGUUAUAGAAGUUUCCUAUGCGUUUAUAAUUAAGUCAUUAGUUUUGCUCUAAUGCUGUCGGAACAAUGAAAUAGGCUACGUUUCCCUACCAUACGGUCAGAAUGGAAUAACGGGCUAAAUAUGACUCGUGUUUACUAAAAUAUAAGCCAUAUUAAUGCUAUCUAGAAGCUUGAAAAUUAUGCCGAGUCUCAGACUAAAAAUGUUUUGACAACACAGUCAUGUCGGGCAAAUAAUUCCAAUCUCCUCAGCUACUUAGACCUGUCAAGUAGAAAGCGUAGUUGUGUAUACCAGUAUGGUCUAGUGUUGAUCACAACUUGCGAGUAUAAAAAUAACAUCAACGAUUAUACGACGAUUGCUCAGACUCAGUAUCGUAAAUUUGUAUAUAUAUAUAUUUUUUUUUUAAUUGAGCACAUUUUUAAUACAGUUUGAAUUUGGUUAUGUACACAUCGAACAUGAUCAACGAACAUUGUCGUAUUUACAAGGUUAUUUGUAUAUAUAAAUUUUCCACCAUAUUAAAAAUACUGAAAUCUGCUAGGCGUUCUGAACACCUUUAGCGGUGACGUCACACCUAGGUCCCAGUCUCGUACUACAUCCACGUUUUUUUCUCGCGCUUGCUUCAGAACGACUGGGACUAGGCUGCCUUGGAUACAUUUUCUAAACUUGUUAAUACUUUUCAGAGUUAAAAGUUGCAUAUCCACAGCAUUAUUUCGAUAAAAACUUUAUUGAAGGAGUUUAAGCAUUUCUAAACUUUUUUUAUCCCUAAAAAAUAUCAACAAAUUUAGAAAAUAUGUCCAACGUGUUUCGUAUCUGAUUUUUUCUUCAGGAGUCCGCGUUACUUUUGUUGUUUCAAGCGACUGUGAUUGUAUUAAAUUAAUGUGUGUAAAUGUAUUGUAUAAAAGAAUUGCCAGCCUCAGGAUAUUAUACAAAAUAACAAUACAAUGACAUAAUCAUGCAAAUUCAGGCGAACUUUAUGCGGUUUUUUUAAAUGUUUUUAACGCAUCUUAAGGUUACUUCACACGAUGAACGUGCGUUUUAGUCUAUUGGACAUUCCUCAACGAAUUUUAGGUGUAACUUUACCAAAUUUUCAGUGAAGAAAGCAAGGAAAAUGCUGAUUUCGAAAAUGUUCAUUUGAUGGGUGUUCUGUUUAAACAUUUUCAGUAUUGGCUGACUGAAUAAGUAUAUAGGUACCUUAAUAAAAACAUCAAAAUAUGUUUAUAGUUUACUUCAACGAUUGUCUAGAUAUCGCAAUUCGAAUCUUCAUAGGCAUGGUAAAAAAAAACGUGUGCGGAAAAUUUCUCUUCUUUAGUGGUUUUUCUGAUAUGCCCUGAUUCUUGGAUUUGUCACUGAUAAUUCACGAAGUUGUCAAAGAAAACGUCAUAUCAGAAAAACCAUUGAAGAAGAGAAAUUUUCCGCACACGUCUUUUUUACCGUACCUAUGAAGAUUCAAAUCGAUAUAUGUAGACAAACGUUGAGGUAAACUAUAAAUAUAUUUUGAUUUUUUAUGGGAUACCUAUGUAUUUCUUUAGUCAGCCAAUACUGGACAUGUUUAAACAGAACACCCAUCAAAUGAAGAUUUUCGAAAUCAGCAUUUUUUUGGCUUUCUUCACUAAAAAUUUGGUAAAGUUACACCCAAAAUUCGUUGCGCCAUGUUCAAUAGACUAAAACGCACGUUCAUAAUGUGAAGUAACCUUAAGUGAACACAUAUAUUUUCUGGGUUGCCUAUGAUACUAGUUGCUUUUCAACAAGUAACAAUGGUUAAAAAAUUCUGCCCUUUGUAAAAUUUCCUCUUGCUAUUCUUUUUAAAUUCUUUCCUAAAUUUUUUUAUUGUAUAUUUUUUGGUAGAGUGAUAUGAAGGCAACAACUGCACGACACAAUUAAAGCGAGAGCAGAGAGGAACAAGCAGAUGAAAAAGUAGCAGAAGACGUCGACAGAAUGACGACCAAAAGAAGCCACAACUAUCCAAAGAUGAUAGCAAAUGUACGGUUUGUCACUGUUAUUUUGGUUCUAGACAAUUAAGAGGAAUUCUGUUUAUUUUUUAUUUGUUAUUCAUUAGGUAUGCCACCGCAUUAUAUUUUCACCCAGAUUUUGUAUUUUUUAUAACACGUUAAGUUUAGUAUUAUUUUAUUUAAAACUCAAGUCAAAUUUAGCGUUGCAAGUCCUAUUGUUGCACUUGUUAACUGAAUUUUCCCCAUUUUUUAUGGUGGUUCACUGUAAAUUGAGCGGAGCAUGCAUGAUGGAUCAUCAACAGAAAUGAAGAACAGAGACCAACAAAACAGAAGCAACGACGAUGUAAAGAUACAGUGAAUGCAUGUAAGUUUUGUUGGAGCAAUGUUUAUGCAAUAAUUUAAAUAUUUUUACAGUAGAUUUCAUAAAACUUUGACCACAAAUGUUCCGAACUUCGUUCGUUGCGAAGUUCGCAGGUUCGUUUCGAAGUUCAAAAGUUCAUAAUGAGAUUCACAAACCAGUUUGUAAACGACACAUUUAAUUGGCUUCUUCUACAUCAGGUACCAAUCAGGGUCUUUGUUUACAAAUUGGCUUCUGAAUUCCAAUAUGAACUUACAAACUGAAAAAUUCGUGGUUAAAAAAUUAUUGUUAUAGCUUUGUUACACCUGCGCCCCCCCCCCCCCGGUAUCCGCCGAUGUUACUCAGUUCCUCUUUUAUUUCUGUGUGAAUGCUACACCCUGACGUUUAUGUACUUUUGAAAUUUUAGCAUUUCUAUCUUUAAAAGUAUAUUAAGUAAAUGUUUCUAUACCAUGUGUGGUGAAAUAUUCAAUCUAUUUUGUUACUGAUGGGAAAUAUCGUUUCAUUUCAGAUGAAGACAUACAACCAACAGAUUCUACAACAUCGCCAAGAUGAGAGUAACACAAGUUUUAUCAAGGUAAGAGAAAAUCAAAAAUGAUUCCAGCGAUUUUUAAUCGUUUCUAAUUAAAAUACAAUCUGAAACCCGAGCCUGCAAUCCUCCGUGGAGGCUGGAAGAACCCUCAGGAAGCCUCCACAGAGUGACAGAGGAUUACAGACUCGGGUUUCGAGAUUGAUUAAAAAACAUUAAAAUACUCAUUAAUAAUUCAUAAACCUUGUGGCAAAUCAUGUCAGCCAUAAUAUGUCACGUGGAGUAACUUUAUAUCUGAUAAAACACAUGUGGCAUUACAUUAUUGUUCAUCCUAAUUAGCAUGAUUAUAUAAUGGUUCAUCCUAAUUAGUAUUCUUUUGUAGUCGUAUUUUAAGCUAUUCAAAACACUCGUUGUCGUGUUUUAUCAGAUAUAAAACGCUCGGCGCAGAUCUGAUAAAACACUCCUACUCGUGUUUAAAAUAGUACAAAAAAACUAUUUCAAAAAUUUUUGAUAAAAUAACUUUCUCUAAAAAUGUCAAUUUAUCCUUCAGGUAAAAGAAAUUUUACAUCAAACCACAUCCUACGAGCUUGUACGGAGAGAAGACAAAGGCGAAGUGAAGAUAACUAGAUUAACCAACCAACCAACCAACCAUGGAUCCAUCAACAGAACGUCGAUGCCUGAUCAAUAAAACAAUUACGAAAAUGCAAAAGUGAUUUGUAUAGAUGUAAGUGAUGUUAUAAAACGUUUGAAAUACAUGAAUGCAGGAAUUUCUAGCUUUUUCAAUCCUAAUAAUAUAACUAGUCCUUUACACUCGUGAGUUUUUCAAAAACUUCAAAUUACACUCGUACUUCAGACUCGUGCAAUUUUGAUCGUCUUUGAAUAACUCACCCGUGCAUUUUUUUUCAAAUUGCAUGUACUCGAAACCGUACAAAUGCCUAUACCAACAACUAUAAUUCCAAAACGUUGUUUCGAUAUUUAAGUAUCAUGCACGAUCAUUAUUUCGCGUUGUUUCAACAGGUAGGAAUUUUGUCCGCGCUGGUCAAUAAUUUUUGGCGCAUUCGAAAAGUUCUUUUAAACGUUUUUGAGUUCUUUUCUGGCCGUUUCUGGUGAACAGCAGAUUCACAAAAAUAUAAAUUUAUUUUCGCAAAAAUGUACUGGACCUUUCUAACUCAUUCACUUGUCAAAGUAUUUUUGAUAGGAAAAUUCGCGAUUUUCCGUUGGAAACCUUUCUCUCCUUCCCAACGAAGCAUUAAAUAACAAUAUUUUUUCAGUACAAAAACUAGGCCAAAAAAACAAAUAAAACGCUCAAAAAUCAAAUGUAAUAUUUACCCACCCCAAGUCUCCUAUCUGUUCACCGCGUUUAUUUUGACGCGUGUGCAGACAAAAUUCCUACCUUUUUGUUGUUUCAACAAGAAGUAAUAGCCGAUUGUAUAAUGGCAAACAUGCACAAAUUCGUCCUACCUACACCUUGACCUUCUAUUUUUAAUUUCGGCGCCUUGGGGCCGGGGCAAAGGAUUGACAAAAGCAUGUGACGUCACACUUACUAAAUGCUAGCCCAAAAUUGAUCAAAACCUGCCGAGUAAAGGGCCUAAGUCUAGGAUAUCAUCGACAUUAUUAAUUAUAUACAUCAAUAAUAUUAAAUGAUCAUUUGAAACAUGCAUGAAAAACUACGCAAUUCAAAAUUGUUAUUAUGGGAUAAUAAAUGCCGUUGAAUUGGCGCCGAUGCCUAAAAUAUUAACGGCAAUUUUUUGUCUGCGAUAAUUUGGUAAAAUUGUGAGGACUGGAUAUCUGAUAGAAAAUCCUAGCAAUUACCAAAUAUCACUCAAGCCUUUAACAUGAUUCGAUCCUAUUUCAUGGACUCAUGGAUACUUUUUUAAUUUCAAAAGGUGAAGCGAUGAAAUGUUUAUGAAUUAUGUGAUGAAAAGAGAUGAUGAAAAGACCAAAAAGAUCCACUCACGAAUGGCAUGGAGCCAAGAAAAGAAUGACGAUUCGCAACAGUCGGAAACCACAACAUUGCUAAUAUGAAAGUAGCGAAAAUUUUUACCAAUGCAAGUUAGUUAAAGACAAAAUACUUAUCUAAAGAUCAAAGGGGAUUCAAG